AUGUAGAGUGAAAUUAGGGCACUUCAUCCUCUUCACUUGACGACGAAGACCACCAACCAACCAACCAACCACUUGAAGAAGCUCCCAUUGCGAGAUUUGUGCCUCCAUCUUCUCUUCUUCUUUCUUCUCCUUUUCCCAAUCACGAACUAGAUUCCACAAUCUCAACCUUCCAUUUCUUUUUCUUUCUAAUCUUUGAGCUCAAUCAUGCCCCCACGCCGUACUUGAGAGCUAUCGGUACACCUAACUGAACUUUUAUGCUUCAAUCUUUUGAUUGUGCUUCAAGAGUGAGCAAACACUUCUGUCAUAGUUGCAAGAUCUUGGGUUUAUCCUCUGUUGUAAGUGGUAGCGGCCAUCAUUUUAGACUUAAUUGUACUAUGAAAGAGAUUAAAGUCAAGGGUGGUUCUAAUGCAGAUCCUCAUCCAUUGAAUGAUGAAACGCAUACACAACUGUCUUGUGCUAUUCAGGGAUGUUCAGCGUCAAAUGUGCAGUGCACCCCUGAAAUCGAAAAAAAGUAUGUGCAUCGUGUUUAUGAUGCCAUUGCACCCCACUUUAGUUCCACUCGAUAUGCAAAGUGGCCCAAAGUUGCAUCAUUCUUAUCCUCAUUACCUCUAGGGUCUCUCGUCUUGGAUGCUGGCUGUGGUAAUGGAAAGUACUUGGGUUAUAAUCCCAAUUGCUCUUUUAUUGGAUGUGAUAUUAGUGCCCAACUUAUCAAAAUUUGUAAUGAACGGGGCCACGAAGUUUUGGUGGCUGACGCCGUAAAUCUUCCUUACAGAACUGGUUUUGGUGAUGCAGCCAUUUCUAUAGCUGUAUUACAUCAUCUAAGUACUGAGAACAGGAGGAAGAAAGCAAUUGAAGAAUUAAUACGCGUUGUCAAAAAAGGUGGCCUGGUUUUAAUAACAGUCUGGGCUGUUGAGCAGGAGGACAAAUCUUUAUUGACGAAAUGGAUGCCACUUUCAGAGAAGUAUGUUGAAGAGUGGGUUGGACCUGGUAGUCCUCGCGUUCGUAGUCCAUCAUCAGUGGCACUUGAAAGUAUUCCUGAAAUGAAUGAAAAUAAUUCAGGUAUUUGUCUAAGGGAUUCUAAAGAAAACUUGACUGGAAGCAUACCAGAAAAUAAACCUCUACACUCGCAAAGUGAAAAUGAUUUGGCGAAUUGCAACCACGAAAACUUAUUGAAGACCCAACAAGAGUAUUUUGUCCCAUGGCACUUACCUUAUCAUCGUGCAGAAGUGAGUGGCACGUCUGCCAGUGCCCUUGCUAGUGGUUUGGCAAAAAAAGAUGAUAAGAAAGCAGCUGUUGUGUAUAGCAGAUACUAUCAUGUUUUCAGUGAAGGCGAACUUGAAGGGUUGAUUUCUGGUAUGGACAAUGCUGUAGUAGUCGAUCGUUUUUAUGACAAAUCAAACUGGUGUAUAGUUCUUGAGAAGAUUGUGUGAGUAUUUAAACGGGUUCAUUGCCACAAUGAAGAUAUGAUUCGAGCAUGUCUGCCUGCUGUGCGAACUCAAGUCAGGCUUUCAAAAUAACUGGCCCUGCUAAAGUAAGCUGCUACCUCAGCUUUGUUCGUAUCGUCCAGUAAAAGUGUGGAGAUGGAAGAUCUGCCGGCUCUCUUGGAGAAAAUGCACGCACUGUAAGGAUUUUCGAUUGUAUUGUGAUGAAUAAUUCGCUGGAUUGUCCUUUGGUUCAGUUGUAGAUUAUUUUCAUUGAAAAAGAUCGGCUUCUUUCUAAUAAAAACUUGUUUUUACCA